AUGGGGAUCCGGCAGCGUUUGGAGCUCCGCUCCGAGAGCGCCGAACUCGGCACGGAGGGCGGCCGGUUGUCCAACAAGGACAUGGACCCGAUCCCGAUGGGCUCGCCGGAGCGCACCUGGGGCUGGCCUAGCUUGUUGGGUUUCUGGAUUGCUGAAGCCUUCUCGAUUUCCAUGUACCAAGUGUCAUCGACAUCAGUCACGAAGGGCCUCAACCCAGGUCUCGCUAUUCUCGCAGUGUUCAUCGGCCAUGUGUUGGUAUGCAUCCCCGCCAUGCUGGACGGAUACGUUGGCUGUGUCUUUGGUAUCAACUUCCCCGUCUUCACUCGAGCAUCCUUCGGUCUGCGAGGUGCGCACGCCGCCGUUUUCGUCCGGGGUGUCGUAGCUUGUAUUUGGUUUGGAACACAGUCUUUCCAGGGUGGUCAGUGCCUCCAAGUCAUGAUCGCUGCCAUCUGGCCCUCUUUCAAUAACUUCCCGAACCACCUACCAGCGAGCGCCCACGUUACCAGCGCGGAGCUGCUGUGCUUCUUCCUCUUCAUCAUCGUUCAACUGCCGCUGCUUUGGCUUCAUGUGAGCAGCUUGAGGUACAUGUUCAUGGCAAAGACGAUCAUUAUGCCGAUCUUCGGAUUGACUUUGUUCAUUUGGGCUCUCGUUGCUGCAAAGGGCUUCGGCCCAACGUUCUCAAAGCCGACCGUGAUCAAAGACGGCACACCAGCCAUUAUCGUCUUCUUCCAAUGCAUCACGAGCGCGAUCGGCCCCAAGGCUACCCUUGCAUUGAACAUGCCCGACUUUACGCGAUAUGCCAAGGAACCCCGCCAGGUCUUUUGGACCCAGGCUGUCGGACUCAUCGUCCUUGUCACCAUGUGUGGUGUGUUGGGAGCUACCGUCAGCAGUGCUUCUGAAGUCAUCUACGGCGAGGUUACCUGGAACCCCUUGGAGGUCGCACGUCUCUGGAACAACCGCGCUGCACAGUUCUUCGCUGGGCUUUGCUGGGCUUUUGCCGUGAUUGGCACAAACAUCAGCGCCAACAGCGUGUCGUUCAGUAAUGACUUGUCACUUUGGUUCCCGAAGUACGUGAACAACCGAAGGGGAGCGUAUGUAUGCGCUAUUCUUGGAGUGUGUGCUGUACCGUGGAACAUUCAGUACAGCGCCAAAUCUUUUUCUUCGUUCCUUGGUGGCUACUCCCUCUUCUUGGGGGCCAUUGCAGGAGUCAUCGUCACCGAUUUCUGGAUCUGCCGCGGUCGCCAGAUGAAAGUCUCGUCCCUGUAUGAUCCGCGAGGAACGCACUUCUACACCUUUGGAGUCAACCCGCGUGCGAUCAUUGCCUUCAUCUUUGCCAUUGUGCCUAACAUGCCGGGCUUGGCGGCUGCUUGUGGUGCCAAGGGGGUCCCGAAAGGAGCAACCUACUUGUACAGCCUGAGCUGGCUGGUGAGCACACUUAUUGCUGGUUUCACAUAUUGGGCGUGCUGGAAGAUUCGGCCUUUCAAGGUUGACGAGAAGGUGGACGAGCUAUCGAUCGAGGGACAGUCUCCAAAGGAGGAACCUAUGGAGCCGGGGAAGAGCAUGGAAGCCAAGCAGUAUAGUGUCUGA